AUGAAAACGCUUCGUGACACCUCUAAAAGGCAAUGCGAAAAGAUGCAUUGUUUUAUACAUUGUUUAGCUUUAGAAGAUAUGAAAUUAAGGCGUACAGAGUUACAAGCUGAAAUAGACUCUCAAGCAGAAGAGAAAAGUAAUUUACAAAGAGAAAUAGAAAAAUUGUCUUGUAAAUUAACACGCUUAAAUGACAGUUUAACUAAAAGAACAGCUGUUAAAAAUGAGUAUGAUAGAAUCAUUACGGAUACAGAAACGGCAUAUGUGAAGAUUUUAGAAAGUUCACAGCUUUUAUUAAAUGUGGUCAAGAGAGAAGCUACAAGUCUAGAUCAAAAAUUACUUAAAACCAAUAUGGAUAAACAACAGUAUCAACAAUAA